AUUUGACUCCAUGGAGUGAGACUGUGAUGGCAUAGACAGGACUCAGUGACAGUGACUGUGACUGUGACUGACUGUGACUGCGAUGACUGAUGCGAGCGAUGAUAAGGUGAAGACAGAGCUCUCAGUGGCGGUCACCUCGUCACCCAUGACUGCCAGUGACUCACUGAUGGCUGUGGUCUCCAAUUUGGUGGAUGAGAGACAUGUCAUGCAAAUGAUUGACUCGCAGACCAAUAUGUUGGCGCGCUUUGAGAAGAGCAAUGAGAUGUUAGUGAAUGUGAACGCAUUGGCGGUCAUCCGCUUCGACGCCGCCAACAGAGACCUCAAGAGAUAUACCCAGCAGUUGUGUGAUCUCCAGAAGGACUUGGAUUCCGUGUACCAUAGGAUCAAAUUCCUUCGCCUCAAACUCGCGCAACAAUACCCACAAGCCUUCAAAGCGUGUGGUAAUGUCUUCAAUCCAUUGGAUGAAGAGGAGGAGACCACUGAAGAUAUGAAAGGCAUUCAAUUGAAUGACUCUCAUAUGCAGACCACAUCCAAGUGGUCCCGAGAUAUACUGAUUGCUGCGAUCAUCACUUGA